CAGCCUGGAGGGGCGGGGCCAGCUGUGUCCUGCGCGGCAGCGGCGGGGCUCGCAGGUGUCGGGUCUGGCCGGCCCCCGCAGCCUGAGAAGCAUGAAGCUGCUGUGUUUGGUGGUCGUGGUCGGCUGUUUACUGGUGCCCCCGGCUCAAGGCAACAAGAGUUCUCAAGAUAUCCGGUGCAAAUGCAUCUGUCCGCCAUACAGGAACAUCAGUGGACACAUUUACAACCAGAAUGUGUCGCAGAAGGACUGCACCUGCCUGCACGUGGUGGAGCCGAUGCCCGUGCCCGGCCACGACGUGGAGGCCUACUGCCUGCUGUGCGAGUGCAGGUACGAGGAGCGCAGCACCACCACCAUCAAGGUCAUCAUUGUCAUCUACCUGUCAGUGGUGGGGGCCCUCCUGCUCUACAUGGCCUUCCUGAUGCUGGUGGAUCCUCUGAUUCGAAAGCCAGAUGCAUACACGGAACAGCUGCACAAUGAGGAGGAGAACGAGGACGCUCGCUCUGCGGCCGUCGCCGCUGCCUCCUUCGGGGGCCCCCGAGCAAACACGGUCCUGGAGCGCGUGGAGGGCGCGCAGCAGCGGUGGAAGCUGCAGGUGCAGGAGCAGCGGAAGACGGUCUUCGAUCGGCACAAGAUGCUCAGCUAGAGGGGCCGGCGCAGUCGGGUCAAGGACCAGAGGCCACGGCUGCCACGUCCACGGCUCGCGGAGCC